GCAUAACGGGGUGGUCUCACUUUGGAUGUUCAUGACGAAACGUCACUAAUUUUAGCUGUCAAAAUAUCUUUUAGGGUGCACUCGCAGAAAUAAUAAUAAAACAUUUUUAGGCUCGAUUUCCGCGAGUCUCUAGAUCUCUGGGUCGACUCCUUUCCUGAACAGCACGGCUGGUGAUCGAACCGAUUCCGUUUUAAGUACUAUCCGUUUUAGGGGUCGACUAAAGCUCGAGCCAAGCCUAGAUUGGUCUCAAAUCUAAUUCAAAUUUUCCGACAAGCAUCCCUGACCUUUUCAUGUCUCCUCCGGAAAUAGCAACUACAUGAAAAUAGCGUGACAACACAGGGGACAGCACUGGGUCGCACGGUUAGUGAGAGGUUGGAAUCGGAGAAAUAAGUACAAUAUCACCUUUCGUUUUCGUGACAUGAAUUGUCGGGUUUCUAAGCAGAAACUCCCCUCGCACGCAUUAUGAGCCUUAUUGCUACAACUUUCUCAAGUUGCUUGCCGUUAUGUAGUGUUGUAACAAUCUUCUGUGAAUCCAGUGAUGGUAAAUGCAUCAGCCUUCUCGGUGGACCUUUCGAUACCUGUACAAAAGCCGGGUACAACAACACCUUACCACUUCGAGAGGAAGUCACGGAUUCACUGUUGUCUGAUCUUUCGAGAUAUUUACCCUAUUUUAUAAGGGCCUGGGAAAACUGUUCCUCCGUGGAGCUUGGAGCAGCGUUGGAGUGUUCGUUCUAUUUCCCCAAGUGCAACUCAGAAGGAAAGCGCGUGUUACCUUGCAGACGAGUUUGUGGUGAGCUGCUGAAGCGUUGCUUGAACCACCCAGGUCAAGCCGACUAUCGCGAGGUCCUAAUGAAUUUUGUUCUUGCUCAGUGCCUUUCUUUACCAAAUGAGACAGCAAGCAGCAAGAAGUGUUUCGAGCCACCUAAUUUUGCCAGCAAUGACAGUGUACCUAGUCCACUGGAUCGUGGCUGUCAAAAGUUGAUCUUUCCUGCCUGUAAAAACUUGGGUAUUUACCAGCACACUUUAUUUUCGGAGUCCGUCCAAAAGAAGUUUUACAAAUGGCUUUAUAACAGACUU